UGCUUGUUAAAUUAAAUAUGUUUACAGUCGUGAAUGUGACUGACACUUGCUGGCAGUGAUUGUUAGCUACUUGAAACCAUGUAAACACAGCUAUCUUGUGUUAAUUCUACUGAAUGACCGUUAGAACUCGGUCAUGGCUCUUCUGUCGUCUCUGCUGUUUUCCUCCGCUCGUCUCCUCGCACCGUCUCGAUUACUGUUUUGGGAACUGGCAGCUGAGACACGGAUAACAUGGCUAUCCUUGUCGGCCCGGCGUUGUUACACGUCGGACAUUUCGGUCUCAUCAGCUGAUACCUCUGGACUUGAGCGGUACAAGGACUUACAGAAGUAUUUCAGCCGUAGACUGAAGGCGACGUACCGCAGGUUCUCCGAUGUGCCUGAUCACUCAGUGGUGUCUGGACAUCACCACAUAUAUUUCGUUGAAGAGGAUGGCAUCUACAGAAUGGACAGGAGACAGAGUGAUCUGGAGCCAGAGCAGGUGUUAAAUCUAGGACAAGUCUCUGGAGGGCAGGAGAAGCCAAGACUUGAGAAUGAAGAGAAGAAGCAAAGGUUUCAGUGGACAGUCCAGAGAAUACGGCUGUCCCCACAGGAGAAGCAUCUUGCUGCCACGCUGAAGCUUAGUCACACAGAAGAGCUGAGGUGUGUAGUUGUGAGGCUUGGAAAGAGAAACUUCAUCCCUGUGGACCCUCAACACAUUGUCCUCACACUGGAGAAAGUCCUCAGCUUUGAGUGGGCCACAGAUGAUGUCCUGUUUUACACAACUCUGGAGGAUCUUCGUUCCAGUACAGUGUUUCGUCUGGAUCUGACCUCCAGUGGCAGCAGGAUAACCGCUGUGUAUCAGGAAGCACAGCCUGAUGUGUUUGUGGAGGUCGCCCUGUCCAGAGACCGACAGAUCCUGACAAUCAACUGCAACAGCAGGAACCGUUCAGAGGUGCUGCUAUGUGAUAUAACAAGAUCCCACUUGAAGCCUUUUGUGGUUCAGCCGCACCAGCUGGACCUCCUAUACCACGUGGAACACUGGAGAAGAUGCCUCAUUAUACUGGCUAAUACAGGGCCUGGACAAGAAUAUCAGGUGGUGAAGGCCCCUAUGUCAGAGCCAUCCAUGGUCUCUUGGGUCUCUCUGUUUGCCCCUGAACCUGGCACUGUAGUUAAAGACAUGGACAUAGUUGGAGACUAUUGUGUGUUGGUUGCAGCAACACCAGUCAGUCAACUUGCCCUGAUCGUGGUUCCAUUGACCCAUCCCAAAGAGGCAUACACUGUACAGCUCCCCUCCUGGGCUUGUGCCAUCGAAACCAAGAAACCAGGCUUGGCAGAGCAACAAAAAGUGCUAGAGUUCCUGAUCUCGUCUCCGGUCCACCCACCGGUGCCGUACUGUCUGUACCCCGAGAAUGGACUCCUUUUAUCAGCCACUGGAGAUGGAUCCUCAGCAGAGAACCUGGACAAUUAUAUCACCACACGCUUGGAGGCCUGCAGCCAAGAUGGUACCUUGGUGCCGGUGACAUUGUUUCAUGCAGCACCUGUGGAGAGUCUGAGACAGGCGCCACUGCUGGUCCAUGUCUACGGAGCUUAUGGCAGAGAUCUUAACAUGGACUUCUCCCCAGAGAAAAAGCUGCUACUGGAGCAAGGCUGGGUUCUGGCCUACUGCCACAUCAGAGGUGGAGGUGAGCGCGGACUUUCUUGGCAAAGACAAGCCCGUGUGGAGGGGAAGCAGAGAGGAGUGGAGGACCUCCAAGCCUGUCUCCAUCACCUUUUCUCUUCAGGAGUCUCUUCUCCUUCACUCGCUGCCCUUACAGCCUGCAGUGCUGGGGCUGUGCCAGUGGGAGCACUGUGCAACAGACACCCACACAUGAUCCGGGCAGUCACACUGCAGGCUCCUUUUCUGGAUGUGUUGGGAACCAUGCAGGAUCCCAGCCUGCCUUUAACUUUGGAGGAUAGAGAUGAAUGGGGCGACCCAGUGGGAAACUCAAAACACAGACAUAUCAUCACCUCCUACUGUCCUCUUCACAACAUUACUCCUCAGCACUACCCAUCAAUGCUGCUGACGGCCUACAGCGGUGAUGCCAGGGUUCCUCUGACAGGAGUCCUCAAAUACACUGAACAGCUGAAGAAAGCCAUUCACACACACUUCAGCAUGAAGCCAAAGUCAGAAUGUGAAACGGCACCAAACAUAGUUCUGAACAUCCAGCCUGGAGCAAAUCACCUCGGACCAGAAGACUUUGAGCAGACGCUGGAGGAGGAAGCCCUCAAGCUGGCGUUUCUGUACACAGAGCUGGGCCUGGACCCUCCUCGGCCUCCACGCAAGAGGAGGAGAUAGCGUCUGGAGAUAGU